UUCCCAGCAUGCACCUGGUGAAGUGGUCUUCUCAAGGGAUGCUGCGCAUGUCUCCCGAGGCCAUGAACGAGCUCUUCCAGCCCACCGUCAGCCAGAUCAUCAAGCACAUUGAUGACCUCAUGAAGAAGCCCGAAGUGAAAGACAUCAAAUUCUUCUUCUUGGUGGGCGGAUUUGCCGAGUCGGCCAUUUUACAGCACGCCAUCCAAUCCGCCUUCAGCAGUUCCUGCCGGGUCAUCAUCCCUCAAGACGUAGGGCUGACCAUCCUGAAAGGAGCGGUGCUCUUCGGCCUGGACCCCACCAUCGUCCGGGUUAGGCGCUCGCCCUUGACCUACGGCGUUGGAGUCCUGAACAAGUUUGUGGAGGGGAAACACCCGAAGGAGAAGUUGUUGGUCAAGGAAGGGAAGAACUGGUGCACCGACAUCUUUGAGAAGUUUGUCUCGGUGGAUCAGUCGGUGGCCUUGGGCGAAGUGGUGCAGAGGAGCUACUGCCCAGCCCGGGUGGGUCAACGCAAGAUCAUCAUCAACAUCUACUGUUGUGCCAUGGAUGAGGCGGUCUACAUCACCGAUCCGGGGGUGAGGAAGUGUGGCACCAUCAGCCUAGAAUUGGAGGAACUGGAUGAGCCCAGCUCGCCCAAGAAGAGCCGGCGGGAGAUAAGAGCCAGCAUGCAGUUUGGUGAUACGGAGAUCAAGGUGGCUGCCAUGGACGUCUGGACCUCCAAGACCGUGCGGGCAUCCAUAGACUUCCUCUCCAACUGAGGUCCAGAAGUAGAGAGGACUCUGGACUGGUAGAAGAUCGGAGGGGGAAGACACCAUUCUUCUGCGUUGCAAGCCGCUUGGAUGAUUGGUGACUCAACUUUAUGGAUUCAGCCCAACCGUUGGCCAGUUUUUUGGGGUGGGUGGGUGGGUGAUUUAGGCCACGAACCUGCCAAAAAACAGCAAGGUGGAACUUCUAAUGGCCAACAGACUGGUGGGGUGGGUAACUUUUGGGAUUAAUUGGGUCAAAAGUGGAGGAGAUUGUUGUGCCUUGGAACUUCUAAAGCUCUGAGAACAUCUUGCAUUUCUCCAGUCAUCUUGGACUGGUGGCCUUUGGCUUCCCAGAAAGACAAGUUAUGGGUUCUGGUGUACU